AUGCAGAGUUUGUAAUCUGAUCUAAAAUAUAUACGUGACGCUCUUACUCUAUUAAUCGAUAAGCUCAUACCUUUUAUAGAACAGAAGCAAAUACUUUAAUUUUGCAAGGUAUUAAAAAAUAAAGUAUCUGAUGAUAAAGUGACUCCCUUCUCGAUAUAUAUGGAAACUUAGAAAAACUUUGAACUAAGUUAAGUAAAACCAAUUAGAUUGAAUAGUACUACAGAUGAGAAGUUUACACAUUCAGUUCUCUGUAAAAUAAGGUAGGCAUAGAUUGAAUUUAAAAAUAAUACUCAAUAGUUCACAUCAAUUUAUAAUUCAGUGAAAGAGAAUGUAGAAUCUGUUUAUGUUACAAGUUAAGAAUUAUAAACAAUGAUGAAUGAAAAAUAAUUAUAAAGUAAAGUGGAAUAAAGACAAGAUAAAAUAAGAAGAGUCUCAAUUUAUAGUAAAUAAAAUAGGCAAAAAACAGAUAAAGAUAUUUAAGAAGAAAUGCCAAAGGAAUAUAAAAAUGAGAUAAAAUAAGAAUAAAAUAAGGAGAUCAAAUCUGAUAACAAAAAAAUUGGUUAAAAAAAUGAUAUAAAAGUUGAAACUAAAAUAGAGAAGAGAGAUGAGGUCAGAUCAGAUUCAAAAUAUUCUUUCGAAGGAUCUAAGAAGGAUAUAUGUACUACUUAAGAUAUAUUAUAAAACUAAAGGAUUAAUCAUCAAAAUUAAUCACAACAGUAAAUUAAAUUAGAGAAACCCUAAUCUUAAUUAUCUCCUAUGAAUUAUUAAUAAGUGAAAUCAUAGAAUAUAUCACCUUAACCAUCAUAUAAUUAUAUUCAUACACCACCUCAUUCAUAUACAUAGGUCCCUUUAUAAAAAAAUUCUCAAACUAGCAAUUUCACUUAUAUUCAAUAAUCAUCCUAAUAAUCAGGUUAGAUUUUAUUUACAUAAAGUGAUUAAAAAUAAAAUUCUUAAAUUGGAUCCUAUGUUCCAAAUUAUGAUUUAUUAGCUAGAGUUGAUUAAUUACUUUAAAAAACUAAAAGUAAUAUUUAAACAUAAAAUACAACUCCAUGCUUAACAAAUAGAAUAUGA